AUGGGUUUUGGAGACAAUCCAGUUAAGUGUGCAGCUUAUACUUUUGCUGGACUGUCUAUGAUGCUUAACAUUCGUCUUGCAUACAGUUCUGCUCCAUACGCUCUUAUUAGAUUCAAAUUACCUGAAAAUCUAUUUGGUGUAUUUGUCAGGACAAUUGCUGGCGCUCUAGAACUUUGGUGUCUUCCUAGUAUGACCAUUGGUAACAUAAUGGAUUUUGUUAGAAAACGAAUGCCAUUCCUUAGUCCAGAGAAGAAGAUCAUGGAUUCUAUUGUUUGUUACUCAUCAAUUGUUUGUAUGUGGUCUGACUUCAUAACCUAUGUAAUAUUGUUGUUUGUAUAUUUGAGUGGUGGUGAUCAAGGUAGUUUAACUGCUUAUUAUUGGGUCAUCUCAGCCUCUGGGUUCAUUUUCGGCAUUAACAUGGUUCUGCUGUAUGCUAUGGAGUUUCAGUAUUUCCCAUACUAUCUUGCUGGUGAAAACUCAUUUCCAGCUGUGACCUCAAUAAUACACUAUCUAGCAACACUCAUGUUUGGUAACCGUAGGAAAUACAAUUCGGAUUUCCUAAUAGUCCACAUUGACAUUUGGGUAGCAAUUCUAAUCUCAUUCACUACAGCUGUGCUGUGGACCAGUUGCUAUCACUCCGAGGAUAAGGAUAAAUUUCCAUCUGAUUCUAAUCAAAGAGUUUGCAAAAUACUCACAGUUACAGCUGACAGUACUACUGAACUCACAUACUCUAUAGGACAAGACUGGAAUGCAGAUAGCCAUGCCACAAAUCCUCCUUGUGGUCGUAAGAAGUCUGUUGCUUACUGGCUACACUUGGUACCUCCAAGUCUUAUGGUCCUUGUUGGCAUGGGUCUAAUAUAUACUAUCUAUCCGGCUAUUGCUCCUGGUAUGACUGUACCAUUCUAUCUAAUUGAUAAGGUAGAUAUUGUGAUACAAGUCCUAACUGCUUUCCCACCUGUAAUCAUCAAAAUACUACCACUUAUAGAUGAACGGAUAAAUCCAUUUGUAAAUAUGGGUAACUGGGGAAACUAUCACGCUAAACAGUGUAAAAAUAAUACUACUAAGGCACCUACUUGUAAUUGUCGAACAGGUGAUUCUCUUACCAUAUACACUAGUGCCACACUCAAAGUCACCCAAUCUGAUACUGAUAAUAAACUCACUUCGGCAACCCUUACACUCAAUGGUGGUAAUCCUGGUACUCCUCUAACAUAUCCCUUUCCCGUAGGUAAUCAACCUACUCUCAGCAGCAGUGGUAAUAUCACUUCCAAAUUCAAACUUCAAGAAACUGACAUCACUAUAACUCAAGGCAAUUAUAAGGUCACUGCCACGCUCAUUACCACUGCAUCCAAAGCUGCUGAUCUCACUAAACUCAAAGGUGGUGGUGGUGUAACUCUAACUCUCUCUGGAAACCUAAAUAGCGCCAGCAAUACACUGACUCUCAAAAAAGGUGACAAACCUAUCACGUCCACUAACAAAACCCUCAACAAAGAUGAAACAAUCAAACUCACUGGAACCAUCGGUAGUACUAAUAGUACCACCAUCGAGGCCACUGGUAAAAUCACCACCGGAGGCACACUCUCCGAUAAUACUGCUACUGUUAAUCUCACUGGGGGUCUCAAAGCAUCCAAUCUUAAUCUCAGCAUCACUGGUGGUGGCAAUACUCUCACCGGCGAUGUCGAAGGUACCCAGUACGAUCCCGAUGAGUUCCAUGAUAAACACCAAUCUACUCACUGUUGUUACUAUGGUGGUAAGGUUUGGAAGUGGGAACCUAAUCCUAUGGUUUGGUGUUGGAAUGCUUUUGAUAUAUUUAUUCCACUUCAAAUUAUACUUCAAAUUAUAUUCCUAUAUUCACUUCAUCAUAGAGAUUCAUCAAUUGCCAGAUCCAUCAUAAAUCAACCCAAAAUGUCCACAUUUCUAACAAUAGUAUAUUAUAUGUGUCAUGAAUUUAUGUUAGCAUUAGGAUUUUCUGGUAUUGGCAGUGAUGACCACAUAUUGUUACCUAUGCAACUUAUUGGUGCAUUCCUUAUGGUGUUACCAGCAUUUUAUUCUAAAGGUUACGUUAUUGAGUAUAAACGGCACGACCCAAACCACUGGCCAACCGAAGGCAUGACCCCGUGGAAUGCUUUUUGCUAUUGGCUUAAGAUGUCAAGCAAAAAUACAAAUAAACUGUUACUAGACGUGUUUACAACUGAUUUACAAGAUUAUUUACUCUUUUUAUUUAUAUUUACAACCUUUAAAAUACAUAGUGUAUGA